GCCCCCAAAGCUGGAAGCGGGCAACACCCAGCGCCCCACGCCGGGCCGCACGGGUCCGACCCGGGGGCCGGCUCCAGCCCAUCGCCAGGCGGGAGCACCCGGGCCCCGCCCCGUGUCCCGCCCGGCCCUUGGGGGGAACGCUCUGUGCGGCGCCGCGUUCCGGGGCGGGCCAUAUCCGCCGCACACACGCCGAGCCCCGGCAGCCCGGCCAUGGUGGGGAAAGCGAAGCGUCCGCGGCUGCACCAGGCGGCCCCGAGACCGAGGGGCCCGCGGGACCCGGAGCCGGGCGGCCACGAUGGGGCGGGCGGGACCAGCGGCUGGAGGGCGGAGCCCGGAAAGGACUGGGCUUUUUUGUCCUCUGACAUCUUUGCUGGGAUGAAGAUUGAUCCCAAAACUCUGGUGAAGAAGUUGGAUUUGGACUCCCGAAGUGUUGUCUUAGCCCAGACAGGUGUAGAAGAAAAACCACUUCUGUCAAAAAGAGAAAAAAUGAAGCUGAGAAAAGAGAGGUGGCUGCAGAAAAUAGAAGGUGUGAAGCUGGCCAGACAGAAGCAAAAAGCUGAGGCAAAGCGGAAAGCGACGCCGGUGGUUGGAGACAUGCAGCCUUUGAUGGAAGCCCUGCCUGAACUCUCCGAACUGACCACGACCAGCAAGGCCAGGAAGCAGCCCAAGAUUAGUGGAAAAGGCCAGGGGCGGAAUGAAAAGGAAGAGAACAUGGCCGUAAGGAACAGAAGCCGCCCUGCUCUCUCACCCCUCAUUGAAAAGCCAAAUGUUGAAGGAAAGUAGAAGAAUAUUGAAGGGAAAUCAAACACACAUCUUUUCCCCCUUGCUUUUUGCUAGAAGUGGGACCUGAACUAAAAGCUCCAAAGUCCAUGGAAGAUCAGAUCCUGAGCUGAACGUGGCAGCACAAGCCCAUAUCUAUUUCUAGCCAACCCAUCCAAAAACACCAAGUGACCAUAUGCAGUGCCUCUUUUGCUUUAUUCCCGAGGACAGAGAUCAGUAACUUCUUUAGUCUGCUGAGAAGCACAAGGAGAAUGUGUUUGGAAUAAACUUAUUUUUAUUCUCCUCAGUGUAUCUUUCUGGGCCUGCAAAGAAGAGAUCCUGUCCUCCAUUUCUUCUAUAACAGCCAUUCAGUCUUGUCUUUCUGAAAGCUACAAUCCUUUCUUGGCUUCCAAACUUCACUUAUAAACAGCAUGUCCUCGGGGAGCGAGACGUCAUCUCACUGUGUGUUUACACCAAACACAUACCCUUAUGAUAGUCCACAGGAAGGCUCAAGUUUUCAGCUGUGCAGUGCACCACUCUGGGCCAUACACCCACCCCGCUAGAUAACAACAUUAAAACCUCUCACUUUAAAGCC